AUGCUAUCCCAACCAGCUCUGUGUGUCAGAACGGCAGCGACACCGUGCGCAAUCUGGACCAAGUGCCCAUCGGUGCUGGCGCCCGUGUUGGAGCUCGCGCGCCGGUGCUGCACUCUUUCAACCUCCUCCUCCUCCACCACCACCACCACCACCACCUCCACCUCCCCUGGCUUUUAUGACUUUGUCGCCAUCAUUUCCCUUGCAACUCUGACACAAAUCUCGUUUACCUACAAGACGCCGUUUGCGAACACCCGGCUGCUGGAAGAACACUUCGCGCGUACAGCUGCUCCAGGUCAGCCGUAUCCCCGCCCAAGCCUCCACCAUGCACUCGUGCCACCUGCUUCGUCCCACCUUUUCCACCGUGCCCCCGAGGCUCUCAAGUCCGAGCUCACGACGAUGACAAGACGCGCCGAGAAAGCAGAACGUCUCCUCACUGCCUUCCAAACCUCUACCCAAACUCCUCCCACAUCCCCACCCGCACAAGGCAUGCCCCAACCUCAGAUCUCAGACCAGCCCACAAAGCCAUCAUGGUGUACGAGCACCGUGCAGACUUGGACUGGGCUCAACAUUUUCCUCAGCCACAUCGAGGGCGAGAGCGCAAACUUUGCCCGCAACACCUUUGCUGUCGCCGUCGCUGAAGGAGGUGUCUAG